AUGGCGACGACUCCACCGCCGCCGCCGCUUCCUCUCCUCCUCCUUCCCCUCCUCCUGCUCGCGGCCUUCUCCGCCGCCGAGGAGUUUCCGCGCGACGGGAAGGUGAUAGACCUGGACGACAGCAACUUCGAGGCGGCCCUCAGCUCCAUCGAUUUCCUCUUCGUCGACUUCUACGCGCCAUGGUGCGGCCACUGCAAGCGCCUCGCCCCCGAGUUAGAUGAAGCUGCACCGGUGUUGGUGGGAUUGAGUGAGCCCAUCAUGGUUGCCAAAGUAAAUGCCGACAAGUACAGGAAGCUUGGAUCAAAAUAUGGAGUGGAUGGGUUCCCUACUCUAAUGCUCUUUAUACAUGGGGUCCCUAUUGAAUACACUGGUUCAAGGAAAGCUGACUUGCUUGUCCGCAAUCUUAAGAAGUUUGUUGCGCCUGAUGUUUCUACUCUUGAGUCGGAUUCUGCAAUCAAGAGCUUUGUUGAGAAUGCCGGCACAAGCUUUCCGAUGUUCAUCGGUUUUGGGGUCAACGAGUCAUUGAUUGCUGAAUAUGGAGGAAAAUACAAGAAAAGAGCAUGGUUUGCCGUCGCAAAAGAUUUUUCUGAGGACUGGAUGGCGACAUAUGAUUUUAAUAAGAUCCCAGCAUUGGUUGCAGUUCAUCCAAAGUAUAAUGAACAAAGUGUGUUCUAUGGCCCAUUUGAAGACGUUUCUUGGAGGAUUUUGUAA